UGGGUGGGCGCCUGCUGGACCCGUCCCGCCCCGCCCUCCUGCUUCUUGGCGCCGGCCGACCCCACGUCGUUCCUGGGGCCCGACGUCCCGGCUGCAGUCCGCGAGGACGUGGUUUGGGGGCCGAGGGGACGCCCUGCGCGCGUGUGGAGGCUCUGUGGCCGCGACAGCUACGGCCCGGAGCUGUUCACCGGGGCUGGGGGCGUGCACGCACAAUGCGCCGUUGGUUAUAGUUUUUGUUCUGACUGGCCUUCGCCCCUAAGGGAAGUUUUCGCUAGGUGGUACCUGAGCAGCGUGGGAAGAAUGUGUAGGAAUACUCGCUUCUGGCUCACAUUUGCAAGUCAGAAUUACAUUGGGCAUUUUUAGGCCUUUUGAUAACGUAAAACUAAAUCACAAGGGUCUCAUUAACUGACCGUAGAUCGGAUUCAGUGGGGUUGCCUCAAAAUAAGGAUUUUACUUAGAUUCCUGUCUCAGUCAUCUGUCAGUUUUAGCACUAGCUGCUACUUUCUGAGUACUAUGUGCUAGGUGCUUUUCAAGUAUUAUAAUUACUGCAACCAGAGAAGGUGAUAAUAUUUUGCACCGUUUUACAGUUAAAAGCCUCAGGUAUGUUAAGUAACGUUUUCAAGGCAAGAGGUAAAGAGUCUGAGGAAGGAUUCAAACUCAGAUCAUUCUAGCUCUCAAGCACAGGCCGUUUGCACUACCCCGUGGUGUUCUGGACAAGACACUGAAGUAUCAAAAAUGACGUGGGAGGUGCACACACAUGCACACAGACAUACAGGGUUUCUGGCUUCUAGGGGGGGACAGGCAUGUUCCUGAGUGUAAUACACAGGAUGAUGUAUUUAUUGUCAUGAGUGACAGAGCAUUGUAGCAUCUAAUGUUUGUUGAUUUGAGGUUGGAUUUUAUUGUCUAACAGAGUAUGGGCUUAAAAGUUAACCUAGAAGCCAACUUGUAGAAUUUUAUGUGUGUUGGUAGGGGUAGAAUAUAGCCAUUCCUCAAAUCUGAAAGUCUUGGAGACUUGGAGGGGUGUAUUACAGCUCAGGGUAGGAGGAGCCAAUCAUUCAUGUAACGUAUUUUUCAUUUAUUGUGUGCCAGGGUCUAUGCUGUGACCUGGGGAUACAACGUUGUAUAAGACGUGAUCUCUGUGCUCUAAGAUCUUACUGUUUGGUUGAGUCUGAGGGACAACUGUGUUGAUCCAGUGUCUACAACCAAAAGAGACCCUUUUUACAACUUCAGGUGCCAAAUCCAGGGCCCACUAUGCUAGUGGAGUAGAUGGGCUUUUGUGCAGAAAUAUCAAUUCUGCCUGUCACCUGUCACUCCAGAACUACAGCUCAUUCUUUUAGAGUUCGAAUCCUUUUUAAAAAUUCAAGGAGUCCCUUUUGAUGUGAAUGUGACCUUUUAUAGUUCUAUUUCUGUGUUAGUCCAGAGACAAACCACACUAGUUUUUGCACUAAGAUAAUUUGAUUUAAAGAGUUAACUAGGUAAAAAUUGUUAACUAGUUAUCCGAAAGGAUAAAAAGAGAUCUCUGCAAGUAGUAUUGUGGACACGGCAGCUGCGGGAAGCAGUCACUCCCCCUAGGACUGAGGGAGCUAAGGGAAGUGGUCAGAAUGUUAAAGCUUAGAAACUUAGAGGAGGACCCCUGCAUGGCUGAAACUCAGGGGUCUAAGGAGGAAACUGUGCUGCCCAGCUACGGGCAAGGGCCUGGCAAGUCUGGGAAGCAGAGUUCUGAAGGGAAGGCACUGACGCCUGGUGUCGUGUCUGUGGUGCCAGCCGGUGGUAAAGCUGGGCCUACAGGUGUCAGGAAGACUGCAGACUGAGUUCAGCUGCCGCUGCAGGGCAGUGCUCAAAGGAAUAGGAAGCACGCAGGAAGCCCCAGGCUGCAGGCGGCGGCAGGAGCAAGUCCCCUCUCCCCUGCCAUCCCGCAGUGCUCCUAGGGGUGUGUACCAACUGGCUGAGCAGGUGUCCCAGAGGACCACUGAAUAUUCCACACCAGUCUCUCGGGCAGCACCUCGCCUGCUAGGGCCUGAAAGAAUUGGUUGACAGCAAGGCCUGAGAGGGGGAAGUGAAGCCUUUGGGGACAGGAAUAGUGGACAGGAUAACAGGGUGAUGCUGACCAGAAUGGAGGAACUUCAGCUGGCUGGCUUCCAAAUCAGGGAGCUGCCAGGACUUACUGAUGUUAGAACACAGAGGCCCCUGAACUUGAUACAUCACGUAAAGACCCCAGGUAUUAAUAGAGGAUCCUAUUACCACGUGUCUUUCUCCUUCAGUGUAUGAUAUGAUUUGUAAACUCGGGUUUGAAGCCAGAGAAAAUUGUGAUAUCAGUAGUAUUGUAACUCAGAAUGGUGAAGUAUGCUGGACCACAAUUACAGACUGUGUGGUUUAUACAGAAUCAGCCCAGGGUCUGGAUUACGAGGGAAGCGUGAGGCUGCUGGGCCCUGUGUGCCAGGCUGUCCACUUCCAUUUGUCGUCUCUGACCAAGGGGCAGUUUGAAACGCGAUAUUCACCGGGGCUCCAGUGGACAGGUGUUCCAGAGUUAUUUCCUGAAAUGUUUGAUGCCUUGGGAAGUCUUCAAUCUCUUGCUAUUUCUCUUAGCUUAAUGAAGCUGACGUCAUGUCUGGAGCGAGCCCUGGCGGACGUGUAUUUACUGAUUGGGAAGGAAUGCCCCUUCCUUUUAAGAGAUCUGAUUGCAUCCGGGGAGCUCGCUCAAGUCUUUGGGCAGUCUGUGAUGGACGUGCUCAAGGUCUUCGUGGGCUCCCCGUGCGGACUCAACCUUCGCAACGUCCUCUGGCACGGCUUCGCGGCACCUCAGGAGAUUCCUCCAAAAUACUGUUCAAUGAUGAUAUUGUUGACAGCAGGAUUGGGUCAACUACUAAAGGGUUACCUUCAACGAACUAAGUUCACAUUGGCACAUCGACCUUUCAUAACUCUUACAAGCUUAGAGGAUUUGAUCGUUUUCCCUGAUGUUACUUAUGAGGUACUUUCAGUAUUAGAAGAAGUGAUGAAGAAAUCCACUUUUAUACUGAAAAUCAUGUUGCCAUAUUGGGAGGUUGCAUUAAUCAGCUUCAAGUCUCACAGGUUUGCUGACUGUGCCAUAUUGUUAUUGGUGCAACUAGAGACUGGACUUAGGAAAGUUUUUGCCACAGUUAACAGAUGUCCAAAGAGACUUCUGACUGCUGAGUCAACAGCUCUUUAUACUACCUUUGAUGAGAUAUUGGCAAAACACUUGAAUGAUGGUAAAAUCAAUCAACUUCCUCUUUUCCUUGGAGAGCCUGCAAUGGAAUUUCUCUGGGAUUUCCUGAACCAUCAGGAAGGUCCCCGUCUAAGAGAUCGUUUAAGCCAUGGGGAAAUCAGUUUACCUGAAUUUCCGAAAGAAGCAGCCAAUCAGUUGCUUGCAUUUUCCUUUGUACUUUUACUCAGAUUUAUUGAUGAAGAUCUGUUAUCAGUGUUUAAGCAGGAAAAAGCAGCAGUGAGAGCAUUGGUGAGCAUUGCAGAAGCCUACAGCGCUCGCUGCCAUCCAGUUUCUCAGCUUAAAAAACAGGUGCUGAGCUGUGAGAGGAGCAUCAGAGUUUGGCCUCUGCUGCCUUUGCCUGAAGGAUCCGAAAGGGAGGCUCAGCGAUCAGAAGGUAAUUCUGAAAUAAAUGCCUGCCACUCUUUAAUCACAGAAGUCGUGGCUGAGCUGUGUCACCAUGUGCCCGAGACCCACCAUGUUCCUCACGACUCAGAGCACCUUCCUCCUGAGAAGUGGCCCCAGCUGCUCCGUGAGCUCUGCAGCAUCCCUGUCCGGACCCUGUUCUGCCCCAGAGCCGUCCUGGAGGUGCUGGCCGUGCUCCGGAAGAUCGGCGCCCACUGCCACCGCGUGUGUGGCCAGGUGGCCGCCUGCGCGGAGCUGAGGCACCGGCAGUGGGAGGACAGGAGCCUGCGCUCCCGGCAGCGGCGGAACUACCUGCGCCUGGUUCACAGUAUUAAGCUUCUGUCUUCUAUGCUUUACCUGAUUUUAUUGCUGAUUGCACUGGAAUUGGUCAACAUUCAUGUGGUUCUUGGGAAAAAUACUUCAGAAUAUCAGCAGUAUCUCAGGUUCUUAAAGUCCGUCUUGCAGUACACAGAGAACCUGGCGGCUUACACCAGCCAAGACAAGAACAAGUGGGAUGAAGCUGUCAAUCUCACACAGGCGGCCUUGUUGAAAAUUUGGACUUUUAGUGAGAAGAAACAAAUGUUAAUACAUUUAGCCAAGAGUAAAGUAGUCUAAUAAGUCAGGAUGUUUUGGGAUCUAUCAGAAAACCCGACCUGAGUAGACUACAGCAUGUGAGUUGAAAAUCCAAAGGCAGGGUGGAUUCCAGGUACUGCUUGAUCAGGGCACAAGGUCCUUUGCUCUGCAGUUUCCUGAUUUGCUUUUCCCAAGUUGCUGGCGUGAACCUCAGGCUGAAUCCCUGGGAACCAAAUGGGCGUAGCAGUUUGGGGCCUCAUCUCCCAAUGCAUACUGUCCAGAGGAGAUAUUUUUCUCACCCAGCUGUCACCCAGGAAUGGGCAGCUUCAUCUUACUGGCCACAGGCCUAAUCUUGAAACGAUGGCUGUGGCCAAGACCCUGCCCUGCACUCACCAGUCAGGCUGGGUGGACGUCUACUCCUGGAUCGGCCACUGGGGUGUAGAGGGAGGGCUUGGGCUGGUCACCCUUGUCCCUGGAGCUGAGAGGUUGAUAUGAUUCAGAUCUCGAGGGAGAGGGUUGGGGAGGAACAGCUUCUGGAAGGUGCUGGGUAGCAAGCCUAACGGUCAGCACGUCCCCGGGUUUCCAGGUCUGGCAGGUUUAGUGCAGGAACCAGGAGGACGGAGGAGUGAGGGCCAGGGCUGCAGCCGGAAGAGCCGGGUCAGCCCUCGCAGGAGGCCCUGGGUGGCCACUGCAGGAAGCUCAUCCGCUUAGGUGGGAGCAGCAAGGCUGUGGUUCUCCAGGAACCCCUGCAGGGCUACCCCCAACCCCAGUCUGUGUGUGCUCGGCUGCACCCACCUGUUGUGAUGCACAGCCUCCUCCAGCCUUGCUGGCAGGUCUGGCCUCCCAGGAAGGACUUCCCACAGCCUGUCCUGGCUUCUCAGCUGUCAGAGAUGAGCGUGGAGGCCGCCGUGGGGGAGGUGGGGCCGUGUGACAGCAGCCAUCCGUGUUCCAUCUGUUGCUUCAUCAGCCCAGUACCUGCA